AUGGUGCUUUCGGUAGUAUUAGUCUCGUGCGCUGGUUGUGCUUCGAGCAAUGUUUAUUAUGAAACACUUGGUCUUAAGCCGCUCCCGAGAAACAAAUUAUUGUCGAGUUUUGACUUCCAUACUGAGUCGUUGCCAUUCUCGCUAUCUUAUUAUAAUGAGUCUGACCAAUAUGAACAGGUUAGGAAACUGAACCAUUAUUUGCUUUUCCCCAGCUCUUUGGGCCCCAUUAUUGAGACUACAAACACCCGAGAUCUUUCCUUGAGGUUUACUCAAGGUUGGUGGGAUGCUCGAUCCUGGGGGAAACUACCACAUAAUGGGGCGUUUACCGCAGGUACCGGUGUCGAGGUUGUUGCAGUGAUUGAAGCGCCAGAUGUACAAAUGGCUAAGCAGAAUUGGUCAAGGCUAACCAAGAUAUUAUCGGGAUUUUUUUGCGCAUCGCUAAACUCGAUUGGAGACGAGAUCACCACGUUUCCCAAACACGCCGUGAAUAAUAUCGAUGUCAAGGGGUUUAAACCGCAAAUUGGGAACAAAUUGUACCUAAUGAGAGCUGCAUUACCUAGUGAACCAGUGUGUACGGAAAAUUUGACCCCCUUUUUGAAGUUGAUACCUACUAGGGGCAAGGCCGGGAUAGCAUCAUUGCUAGACGGGCAUAAGCUCUUUGACUCCCUUUGGCAUGGAAUGUCUGUAGACGUUCACACUGAAUGUAACAGCGACGGCGAAUGCUUUUUAAAAUUGCAUCAAACAGUUUAUCAAAUUAUCGACAUUAUAAGGUCGAUGCGUAAACGUGUCGAAGGAGGAAUACCAAAGCCAACACCAGGUAAUAUGUUGAGAUGCGACACUAAUAAAACUUUCAACAUAUGGCAGUGUUUCCCCUUGGGCGAUCCAAUUGAACUAGAAUGGAGCCUAGAGACGCUUUAUGGAAGAUUGAUCAAAGGAGCUGCAUUUGAAGAUAAUCCCAACGUGAGCAAAGUUAUAAUUGAUGUUGAUCCAUCAACAUGGAACGUUACUAAGCAUAAGGAAAACUCCAAAUGGGUGAUUACAAAUUCUGUAUAUGCCAAUAAUACCGAUAAGAUUGUUGAAGCAAUAGAUGAGCCAUUUAGCUAUGACUUUAAGUUUGCAACCACUAAUAGCAGCGUGGUAAAGCCAAUUGAAGAACCGCCGCUACACGUUUCGCGUUCUUUGACCGGGUAUUCAUUGGAUAGAGGCGGCUUACGUAUUGCUUUUACAAACCCGACAAAUAAAACUGUUCAAUUCACCUAUUUUGAGUCUUUACCAUGGUUUAUGAGGCUAUAUAUUAGUACUUUAAAACUCAAUUUAGCAGAUGCUCAAGGCGGAGGCAGCAGUAGCAGCAGCAACAGCAGCAACAGCAACAACAACAGCAGCAGCAACAACAACAACAGCAGCAACAACAACAGCAGCAGCAACAACAAUGUUGAACCUAAAGACGAGAGCAGGUUCAUCAAAGAAAGAUAUUAUCGCCCAUCUUUGGAUAGAGCAAGACCGUCGCAUUUGGAAUUAGUUAUGGAGGUUCCUGCGCAUCUGACUUUAGCAAUGACUUAUGAAUUUGAUAAAUCCUUGUUAUUGUAUCGAGAAUAUCCACCUGAUGCAAAUCACGGAUUUGACGUGGAGCCCGCGGUGAUUAUCGUGAAAGAUGAGAGGAGUGGGGAAACCAUUUAUGAAUUCCGAACAACUAGUCUAUUGCUAACACUUCCAACUCCCGAUUUUUCCAUGCCUUACAAUGUCAUCAUUUUAACAUGUACCGUGUUGUCUCUCGCGUUUGGCAUUGUAUUCAAUUUGCUUACAAAAAAAGUUGUUACAGAGGAGGAGUUUGAGUUGGCAGCUCAAAAUACCAAGCUUGCUAAAUUUAAAAAGUUGUUGAGAUCAAAACUUUUACCGAAACGAAAGAUUGAGUAG